GAAUGACGGUUGAAUAGUUUUUAAGCAGUGGGGAGGGGGUAUUUGCAAACGCUGUUUUUUCGUAUUUUCGCUCAACUGUACCAGUACUGAAUUACGUAAUCUUAAACUACGGGAAGGGACUCAAUCAAGAUUGACAACUACUGAAUUGGUUGUUGUCCGGUUAGGGCAGUGAGUAGCGCACUCGCUUCUCACCUAGGCGACCCGGGUUCCAUUCCCGGCCUGGGCGCAUAUGUGAGUUUGGUUUGUGGUCACCAGGUUUCCUGCACAACACAAGACCACACGACCGAUGCAACAUCGUGCCACCGAAAGUGAUUAAUAUAAUGUUGUAAUGUCAUGAAUGUGUUUCACAAUCGUUGAAGAAUAAGUUUAAACUAACUUCUGAUUUAGGUGCCUUCAGAUAUAGAAAAGUGCACAUGUCUAUUUGAGACGGUGCUUUUAUCACAUUGAGUCUAAUAUGAUAGAAACCGUUCCAACUGACCAUUAUCAGGAAGGCAUAGACAUGUUAUCUUGAAGAAUUGAGGUCGAGUCAGCCGAAUAUAAGGUUAUAUAUGGCCGUCAUGUUGGUUCUUGUGUUACUUGGUCAGCUUUCUGUACAUGUGUUGGGUCAGAGCCUGCCCGCGGAGCUGGGGACGACGCUGCUUUCACUGGUAGCGGAAGAACGAAAUCUGCGCGCGCAGCUCGAGGCGGAAGCUGACCUGCUGGAGCGUGAACUCGACAAACUGACUACGCUCCGUCAAAACGCGACGUGCGGGUGUCCGUCUUUGUCUAGCAGUCCUGUGGCCUUCACCGCCACACUCGGACACAACAUCGCCACCCUCGGGAAACAGCAGGCCAUCAUCUAUGAGGAGGUGACGUUGAAUCUCGGUGACGCGUACGACGUCCGUCAUGGUAUAUUCACGGCGCCGUUCGCAGGCUUGUACGAGUUUACGGCGGUGGUGUUGAAUAGGGGUGGUGUGAGCACGGGGUUGUCGCUGGUGCUAAACGGGGAGGCCGUCACCAAGGUCCAGUCUGGGGACAGCAGCUACUACACCAUGGGAACCAACGCUGUCGCUCUCAAGCUCGUCGCUGGUGACGAGGUGUGGGUGCGGCACACGGACCAGAGCGACAGUAACUCUAUCCAGGGGGAGUCCACCUCCUCCUUCACCGGCUACCUCAUAGAUGUCUGAGCCCCGUCCUGGGGUCGAGAUUUGGGGUGAUUGCGCGGUAUUUUGGUUGCUGACAUGUUUGUCAUGGAAAAUAAAUAUUUUAUUUAAAAGUCUGUACUAAAACAAGUCUAGUUGUU